GAGAAACAUCCAAGUGGGAAUCUGGAACACGUCUUUGUGGGAUCAAAUCCAGGACUUCUGGCAUGAUAGAACAAUGCGCUGUUUACCUCGUUCGCGCUCCAGAUAUUGAAUUCAAUUUCUAUUAAGCUGCCGGUGGCGACGAGCUCGGAUCGACGAGGACGACGACGACGACGACGACGGAGGAAGAAGAGGAGGAGGCGGAGGAGAUGCACCUCGAGGAUUAUCACGGCGAGCGGAGCGAGGAGGACGACGUGCGACGCCCCGUUCUGGAACAAGAUGACUUCGUCGACGACAGUUCCCUGCCCGAUCUGAUGUCCAUGGCGAUGACCGGCAUAGGCAUUGACGUCGUCCAACCGUACUGUUGGACGACCUCGCAAAUGACGGACAACAGCGUGUUCUUCUCCCCGUUGGAAAUCAGCACGGAUCCGAGGGAUUAUCUCGACUGGGAUCAGGUACCCGUUGUCUUUCAGUAUCCUUCCAACGGCGAUGGAUCGCCGGCUGAUAGCACCUGCAGCGAGGCGAUUACACCGACUUGGAGCAAUGCGAUGACAGCGACGACGACGAUGACGACGACGACGACGACGACGAUGACGACAAUGACGACGACGACGACGACAACAACGACGACGACGACGACGACGACGACGACGACGACGAUGACAACGAUGACGACGGCGACAGAUCAUGGUGAGGAUAAGUCAUCAGACUGCCGGAAGUUACCAUCGAUGGGCUCAGCCUUCUCCUUCUCGCGCACCUUCAACAACACGAUUUUUCCGGAAUACGGAGCAGAAUCACAGGACGAUUAUCAGGAUUAUCCCGAUUGCCAAGAGGACAUGGUGUCGCUGUUGAUGAGCAUUCAAAAUGAUGUCACGGUUCAGAACUUCAGUCCCUCGAUCGCCGACGAAUUUGACCUCAGUCUGAUCAGAGGUGACCCAACAUCGUUGUUAAGCAAUGUGGACUCACCAUCGUCAUCAUCGAUGACUUGUCUCGCGAGCGAUGAACAGCAGGAACCAUUUCAGAGCUUUAAUCCGCCGUAUUACGCGGUUGGACAUCUCGUUUCUUCGCAGCAACAAUCGACGACGAUCAAUCUCGAUGGUGAACUCGUUGGAGCGAUGGACAAUUUCGGCAAUCAAGUGAUUCUGCCGCGGAACGAGGGCCUGCUGCUCGGGAAUAAUCGACGGGUCACCAGAUCGAAGAUUGCUGAGACCGAGAAAAAUGACAAAUCUUAUGAUUGCGCGAGACCAGUGGAUGAUAGCCUCACGUUGGCUUAUCAAUGCCGCUGGAUCGACUGCGGCUGUGCAUUUACGGAGCAAGAGGGCCUGGUGCGACAUAUCGAGAGGCGACACGUGGAGUCGUCCUCAACGAAUGCGCAUGGCCACGGUAGACGGAUCCAACGGGACCGGGAUAAAGAGCGAGAUGGCAAGGAGGCGAGAGAGGGUUUCUCUGGAACGGCCACGAUGACGGGCCGCGAAGACGAGUUCGCUUGUCUGUGGCAAGGAUGUCCACGCGCUCGACCGUUCAACGCGAGAUAUAAAUUGCUAAUUCAUAUGCGGGUACAUACGCAAGAGAAGCCGAAUAAAUGUCCGUUUGUUGGCUGCAAGAAGGCCUUCAGUCGUUUGGAAAAUUUAAAGAUCCACCAGAGAUCGCACACAGGCGAAAGGCCUUACGCGUGUCAACACAAUGGAUGCUCAAAAGCAUUUAGCAACAGCAGUGAUCGGGCCAAGCAUCAGAGAACGCAUUAUGACAGAAAACCAUACGCUUGCCAGAUAAGCGGCUGCGGUAAACGUUACACGGAUCCGUCGAGUCUUAGGAAGCAUCUGAAGAAUCACACAGAGAAUUCGAGUACAUUAUCCAAUCUGUUAUCAUCGGAUAAGGUACCAAUGAUUAACGUAACAGCCGGUGCGAUAGGUCACAAACUAAAUUCAACAAUUCCUCACCGAAGAAAUCAAGACACGUGCAUCCUCGAUGUGGAAACGAAUCAUUCGUCAUACAAAUUAUCUAAAACUUACGUCAAAGAGGAGAACGCGUUGCCAGACAAUACAUGUCAGCUGAACAGAAUCUCCCUGAAUUUCGACGGCAAUCAGCAGGAAUACGUGCCGAUCGAGUCGGUUCGUCAUCUUCUGAUCAACGACAUUACUAAUAUACAGAAUGAGAAUACAGGAUUCUGCGUGACUGCAGAAGAUGACGUGCCAGAUUUCCACGAGUUAGACGCUGACAUCGAGCGACAGUUUCACGAGCUGAGUGCUUUGAAUGAUGCUAUCUUCAUCGGAUGAGCCUUUUUCAGCCCAUCUCCGACGAAGAUGAAACAGGAAGCGAUGCGUGAAUGAACGGAAUAUAAUUUAAUAAGACAUAAUUGAACUCGCACCUCGAUUCGAUUAAUCCUUUGGAACUGACGGCAGGUUUAUUGGACUCACUCAGAAAUGCCGUGAGAGAUGAGCGUAACAAAGACGACGACUGUCAGCCAGGUGCGAAAAAUCCAGAAG